AGGUAAGAGGCGCUGGAUGAUGGGGAGGAGGGCGGCUCAUUAAUGGUGCCCAGCACCGCACGACCCUCACCGGGCAUGUUUACAUUCACGUCUUGUUCAUAUUGAGCAUUGGACAUGGUGUUUUUAACGUAUUCUCCUCUCUGCAAGCCCUGACCUUCAACCUACUGCAGGGGAAAACCUGACCGUGAGGGCUUAAAAAGGUGAGGAGUCUCCAUUCAGCUCCCAGUACAACCACCUUCUCAUGUCAUGUUGCUUCUUUUGAGGUGUUUUGGCUCAUGAGGCACCCAGAGAUGCCUAUAACUGCAGGAAAGAGCCCUGGGCAAGGUGUACGCCCAAAUUAAACCGCACACCUCUUCACUUUCAUUAUUCCAUAUCACUCCUUUGGAGGAUGAUCGCAACUUGCUGAUUUUCCCCACUAUACUGCACCGUUGUCCCAGGUCUUCCGGUGUCCAGUGGGAGAGAGGCCUUGAGAUGGCAAGGGGUCCCAUUUAAAGAAACACCUGGAUUGUGGGAUAAGCGGUUGCCAGCUACGCAGCCCACUGCCACCAAUGGAUGCCAAGUUGCGAGAAGAUCUGUUCCGCAGGUAUGUGGCAUCUCUGGAGAACCGGCUCGAGGAGGGAACCGGUGACGGAGGAGGAGAUAAGCCGGGGGCUAAGACUGAGGAAGCACUGAUUUCCACUGCAACGGCACUGCUAGGCUCAUACCAGCCUGAUCCCGGGCAGCGCUUUCGCAUGGUUCGGUUCUACGACGUAGCGGAGAACUCACUGAGAACUCAGAGAGGCGCAAACUUGCGGACAUUGGAGACAGCCUUUGCGACGCUGGAAACCAUCUGUACCAACUUGUUGCUCUUUCCGUGGAAGAAGGAGUUCCGUUGCAUUAAGACCUUCACAGGGCCAUACGUGUACCAGUUGCAGUCGGUGAUAUGCGACGCGGACCUGCGUUCACUUCUGCGCUCCAUGGGCUAUUCAAGAGACCAAGAAUUGCAGUACCACGUCCGGGACCAUCCGGGCGGAGCCUCCCACCUUCGGCAGCUUUCCUUUGAGCUGCUUCUUGCCCAGGCUGAAUGCCGGUUGCUCAGCGAGGUGGUGUCCAUGUCUCGGGGCUUCGCCUCGGAGCUGGAGGCCGUGGAUGUGAGGAGGAACACCAGAGAAGAUGCAGCAGGGUGUGCUGACGCCCUCCGCCGACGGGACAGCCUCACCGGGGACUUGUCCCGCCUGUCGGUGCGGCCCGUGGAUAUCGACCGUGCCCAUCUUAGGCGAAGCGGUCGACCCUCCAAAUCAGUGGAUGUAACGGACAGCGCAGGACACUGGCACCAAGCCAGCAAGCCCGUGUUAAAGGCUUCGCUCAGCCUCCGCAAAGAGCCGCUAUUCGUCGACACGGAGGAAGACAUGAAGGAUGAAAUCCUCCGACCGAGUCCCUCGCUUUACCCCGUGGCAGCUGCGCCCUCGUACAGCCCAGUGGCGGACUUCUUUCCCAUCCAGUCGCCCCCGCCCGAGCCAUACUCCUACCACUUGUCCUCCCUGGAUGAGGUGGACUUGUACACUGAGCGGGGUUUGGGUGGCCUCCAGACGCCCUCCAGACCGCCGAGCCGGGAGCCGCGAGAAGCCCGGGACGGUUGGGUUCUGAAGGGGCACAUGAUGAAGUGCCAGGGCUGCGGGAUGGGCUGCCCUUCGCUCUCCUCCUGCCAGCGGUGCGACAUGAUCUUGUGUUCGUCCUGCCAUGCGGUGGAACCGACGCCUUGUUGCGGCUUCCAGGAUUUCACUAAAACUUCCCGCCCUCUGGACGGAUACAUGCCCAUCAAGGAGAAGUUGUCCGUCUACUCCAACGCCCACUCCCACACGCACCCUCACCCACUCCCCCACGCUCAGUCCCACUCGCUGUUGCUGGACAAAGCUGUGAUGAGCGGCAAGCUGUUUCCCAGUAAACCCGUGGGAUCGGUGGUCAGCUCCGUCAACAGUGGCGGCAGCAGCGUCGGGGGGGAGCGCAUGAGUUUGGGCGGCUCCCGCUGUGGCUUUUGCAACAAGCCCGGGGCCUCCCACACCUGUGUGAACUGCUCCAAGGUGUCAUGUGACAUGUGCAUGAGCCUUUACGGCAGUGAUGUGUGCACCCGCAAAAAUCCUCAUCAUAACUUUGUGCCCAAUCAUCAGCUCAAUUUCAAAUCCAGCACCAUAUCCCACCUCGUGUAUCGAUAGACCAGGAACACAGCCGCGCUUCAGUUUUGCACUACACCUCUAUUGCUCCUUUUAUCUCUGCUUUUUUCACCCUUGAUUUGUUUAUUUAACGUUUCCUGCUUCCUCUCUCAGUUGGCACUUGUUUUGGUCAUGUGAUGUUGCAGUGCAUUUCUCGUCCCUCAGUAGCUCUACUUUAUCAAGGACAAAAAAAAAAAAAAGGUGUUUAACCAGAGAAAUCCAUUCAGUAUCAAUGUUUGUUAACUUUAAAAUAACCAUGCAGCGUGAACUGUGAAAGUUUAGCAGAGACUUCACCCUGGAAUUGAAUCGAGUAAGUUGGAACUUCUCAAACUUGAACAAAUGAAAAAAAAAAAAUGUUACACUGGACGUAAAUAGUAUAUAUUUUGAAUUGUGAAACUAUAGAUCUAUGUAAGACUUUUCCAGUUGAAUGGGGUUUAAGUUGUGAAUUUGUAUCAGAACUUCUAGUCGCUGUUAAGUCCCUAUAUUGAGUCCUCUGACAGGAAAUGCCUUGUGGGUUUACCCCUAAGAAGUCAGCCUACGCUGUGCAAAAAUGCUGCUGUUGAAAGUAAAACCAGGAGAGGGCACUCCUGGCUUCAACAUGUUUUGCAAGAACCAUGAAUCUCUUCUUGGCAAAGUUCACGCACAUACUGUAUGAUUAUGUCUGUGUAUAUAUGUUUUCCUCUGUCCAGGUUUCCUUCACAUUAUUGUAACCUGUUAAGUUUUUAAUUAAUUCGAAAUGGAGAAUAAUUUAAUAUUUUGCUACACUGACUGUCAUUAGAAACGGUUUAAAGUUUGA